AUGCCGCAGCGAUACCUGGGCGCUCAGACAGCAGGCGGGUCGCAGAACGUGGUCCUGGCUUCUCUCUCCUCCUUCCUCCUCCACUCACUUCAGGAGGGUGGGGACCAAAGUGAAGAAGAGCUGAGAGGACAGAGCCAGGCCCGUGGAACGGGGAGCUCUCCAGAAGAAAGGCUGUCCACAGCAUGGUGGGCAUCGGCCAGGCGAGUGCUGACAGCCAUCCUGCUUUUUGGCCUGCUCCUUGGUUCUUCUGUGCUUUUGUUCUACAUCUUCUGGAACUGUGGUCCUCGCCUCUGUGAGACUCCUGUGUGUUUGGAUCUCCGGGCUCGUUACCAGGCCUCUGGGAACACCAGCGCGGCCCCCUGCAACGACUUCUUCAGCUUUGCCUGUGGCAAGGUCAAAGGAUCCAGCAAUUCUUUUCAGAGUCUUGCUGAGGAGAACAAGAGCCAACUUCGGAGAAUACUAGAGGCCCAGGAUCCCUUGUACCCAGGCUCUGGGGAGGAGAAAGCCUUCCAGUUCUAUAGCUCUUGCAUGGACACACACUCCAUUGAAGCUGCAGGGGCUGGUCCCCUCAGACAAGUUAUUGAAGAGCUUGGAGGCUGGUGCAUCUCUGGUAAUUGGACUUCCUUAGACUUUAAUCGAACUCUGAGACUUCUGAUGAGUCAAUAUGGCCACUUCCCUUUCUUCAGAGCCUAUCUGGGACCUCAUCCUGCUUCUCCACAUACACCAGUCAUCCAGAUAGACCAGCCUGAGUUUGAUGUUCCCCUCAAGCAAAAGCAGGAACAGAAGAUCUAUGCUCAGAUCAUUCGGGAAUACCUGACUUACCUGAAUCGACUGGGAACUUUGCUGGGAGGAGACCCAGGCAAGGUGCAAGAACAUGCCUCUUUGUCCAUCUCUAUUACUUCGAGGCUGUUUCAGUUUCUGAGGCCCCUGGAGCAUCGGUGGACACAAGGCAAGCUCUUCCAGAUGGUCACUAUCCACCAGCUCCAGGAAAUGGCCCCUGCCAUCGACUGGUUGUCCUGUUUGCAAGCAACAUUUACACCGAUGUCCCUGAGCCCUUCCCAGCCCCUCGUGGUCCAUGACCUGGAGUAUUUGAAAAACAUGUCGCACCUGGUAGAGGAGCUGCUAUUGACACACAGGGACUUUCUGCAGAGCCACAUGAUCUUGGGGCUGGUUGGGACCCUUUCUCCAGCCCUGGACAGCAAAUUCCAGGAGGCACACAGAGAGCUGAGCCAGAAACUGCGGGAGCUGACAGAACAACCACCCAUGCCCGCCCGCCCGCGAUGGAUGAAGUGCGUGGAGGAGACAGGCACCUUCUUUGAGCCCACCCUGGCGGCCUUGUUUGUUCGCGAGGCCUUCGGCCCGAGCACCCGAAGUGCUGCUAUGGAAUUAUUCACUGCAAUCCAGGAUGUUCUCGUCACUCGCCUCAGAAGGCUUCCUUGGAUGGAUGAGGAGACCCAGAAAGCAACCCAGCAAAAGGUAUCCCAACUGCAGGUGGAGAUGGGAGCCCCGGAAUGGGCCCUGAAGCCAGAGAUGGCCAGACAAGAAUACAGCGAUAUACAACUUGGACCCACCUUCCUACAGUCUGUCUUGAGCUGCCACCGAUCCCUCCGAGCUAGAAUUGUCCGGAGCUUCUUGCACCCCCCCUCCCCCCAUAGAUGGAAGGUGUCCCCCUGGGAGGUCAAUGCUUACUAUUCAACAUCUGACCAUGUGGUGGUCUUCCCAGCUGGACUCUUCCAACCCCCAUUCUUCCACCUUGGCUACCCCAGGGCUGUGAACUUUGGUGCUGCUGGCAGCAUCAUGGCCCACAAGCUGUUGCAGAUCAUCUAUCAGCUCUGGCUUCCUGGGGACUGCCCGGCCUGUGAUGCCCGUGCCCUCCAUGGGGCACGCCUGUGCCUGGAGCACCAUUAUGCUGCCUUCCUGUUACCCAGCAGAACCUCCUUCAAUGACUCCUUCACUUUCCUGGAGAAUGUCGCAGACGUGGGUGGGUUGGCUGUUGCACUGCAGGCAUACACCAAGAGGUUGUUAUGGCACAGUGGGGAGACCACCUUGCCCAGCCUGGACCUCAGCCCACAGCAGAUCUUCUUCCGAAGCUAUGCCCAGGUGAUGUGUAGGAAGCCUAGCCCCAAGGACUCUCAUGACACUCAUAGCCCUCCCCCUCUCCGAGUCCACGGGCCCCUCAGCAGCACCCCAGCCUUUGCCAGACAUUUCCACUGUCCACGUGGUGCCCUCUUGAACCCCUCCAACCGCUGCCAGCUCUGGUAA